UUUAAUAUAAUUAAACAAAUAGCAAUAAAAUAUAGAGAUGAAAAUAUUUAAUUUGUAUAUAUUUGAUAAAUUCGGUACGCUUAUGUAUUAUGCUGAAUGGAAUCGCACCAAGAAGUCAGGAUUAACUAAGGAAGAGGAAGCUAAGCUGACUUACGGUAUGCUGUCUUCAAUUAAGUCGUUUGUUCGAAUUAUGUCACCGCAUGAUCCUAAGGAAGGUUUCUUGUAUUACAAAACCAACAAAUAUGCUUUGCAUUAUUUAGAAACCCCUUCUGGCUUGAAAUUCGUUUUAAAUACGGACGUGAAUGCUGUUAACGUACGAGAAUUAUUACAACAAAUCUACAGUAAAGUAUGGGUAGAAUAUGUGGUCAGGGAUCCUUUGUGGUUUCCAGGAACGCCGGUCACGUCGGAACUAUUUCAAAAUAAAUUAGAUGAACUUGUUAAACAAUCGCCCAUAUUUGGCAUAAGAAAUAUAUAA